UGGUUGAACCGUGACCCGGAAGUAGUUGAUCGGCACCAAGCGAGAAUCCUCCAGUGGUCUGUUAGCUGCUAACCACUUCGGGAAGUUGCGAUAUUAUUUGUGACAGCUGAACCCGAGGGAAACUAUGCCAUGCAUUGUUUGUUUUCAAUCGAAGGAUAAUCUGCCGUGGUUCUUAAUUUAUAAAAACUGAGAGCCCGGUGAUUACCGAAGCUAGUUAGCUUAGCCUUGCCAUCGAGGCCAGGAGCUGCAGCGCUUCUGGUAGUUAACGUGGUUGUUAGCAAACUGGACUGGUACAAAGGACGGCUGUGACGUUUGUUGAAUUGAUAGCAUAGUUCACUAAAAGCUACAUUCUGGGGUAUGCUUCUAACCCUGGGCUCCCGUCAAAGUUGGUGUUAAAGUGUAGUUGGAUUUAAUGGUUUAGCUUAGCUGUAGAUUAGUCGAAGAAGACCGUGAAGUCAUGGACGAUUUUAGCUCUAUCAGUCUUUUGUCUCUUGCAAUGUUGGUUGGAUGUUAUGUGGCCGGGACAAUACCGUUGGCAGUCAACUUCUCAGAGGAGAGACUGAAGCUGAUCACUGUGUUGGGAGCAGGGCUGCUUUGUGGGACUGCGCUUGCUGUCAUCAUUCCUGAAGGAGUCCACGCACUUUAUGAAGAAAUCCUUGAGGGUGGACAUCACAGCCAUAGUCAGGUUGGAGUUGUGGAAGCAUCUGACGCAAAGGUGGAAGCAGAAUCAGCUCUUGGCGCCAGCGUGAAACAUGAGCACAGUCACGAGCAGCUCCAUGCUUGCAUCGGCGUGUCCCUGGUCCUUGGCUUUGUCUUUAUGCUUCUGGUGGACCAGAUAGGCAGUUCACAUGUUCACAACACUGAAGAUCCAGAGUCAGCAAGAGUCGUCAACUCUAAAAUCACCACCACUCUGGGUCUUGUGGUCCACGCUGCUGCUGAUGGAGUGGCAUUAGGAGCUGCUGCCUCCACUUCUCAGACCAGUGUUCAGAUCAUUGUAUUUGUAGCUAUUAUGCUACAUAAGGCCCCGGCAGCAUUUGGUCUGGUAUCCUUCCUGAUGCACGCUGGUCUUGAGCGGAACCGCAUCCGUAAACACCUCUUGGUGUUCGCCCUGGCAGCGCCUGUCCUCGCUAUGCUUACAUUUUUGGGCCUCAGUCAGAGCAGUAAAGAAGCCCUGUCAGACAUCAACGCCACGGGUGUCGCCAUGCUCUUCUCCGCCGGCACUUUCCUCUACGUGGCCACCGUCCAUGUCCUUCCUGAGGUGGGGGGUGGCGGCCACAGCCAUGCUCCUGCAGGGGGUAAUGGAGGGAAGGGACUGAGCAAAGUGGAGGUGGGAGCUCUGGUGCUGGGCUGCCUCAUUCCUCUGGUGCUGUCUGUUGGUCACCAACAUUAGAUCCAAAGAGGAAUUUAAAACGGGUGUACAGGGGAAGGAAGAUGAAACAAAGACAGCAAAACUAAACGUCUUAUUUCUUAUUGUUCGCGGAUGGACCUCGUGGACCAGAUGAAGCGCCUUGAAGGGACAUCAUGUGACUUUAAAAUAAGCUUGAAACAGGACUUAAAUGGUUUUAGGGAGAAUCAGAGCUGCUGCAGUGACAACCAAUACACAUGAUCGGUCUGCCCACAUUGACAUCAUGGUACAGCUGCUGUCUGCAUUUAUUCCACCAGAAAUCUUUUCUUUUCACGAAAGGCCAAAGGUGGACCUUUUGUAAAGCUCUUUUAGAUCAAUGUGGAGUUUUCAGCGUUGCAUUAUCAUGCUUGUCUAAAGUCUAAGAACCAGUUCUGAUUUUAAUUAUCUUUUGAGUAGAUGGCAGUUGCACAGUGAGAUUUAGUCUCAGUUAAGCUUGUGAUAUUACAAAAGCUGUUAAAGUCCCUUUUU